AUAUGCGCUUUGCAGCAAAGUCCUCUUUUACUCCACACACGCUUCUAAGCCUCGGCACAUCUCCUCACAUCGCUACUAACUACACUUUAUUCAUCCUCCGUGUCAGGAUAAACUCCACUCGUCUCAGUCAACUUUGGACAUUAUUAGGCCCGCUUAGCUUGCUACUUGUUUUAGGCGCUAGUUAGCUUAGCAUGCUAGUUAGCUUAGCUUGUUAGCUGCUAACAAAGAGACGCGGAUUUGAUCAACACAUCGCUUAGUUAAGAUCAAGUGUGAGUGUAAAGUGUUGUGAUUGUGUGAAAAUGUGCGAAAGAACGAUGGCAGAGUACAAAGAGGAACUUUCUCGAACAAAAGAAGAGAAUAAGAGACUACUUCAACUACUGGACGCUGUUUUCAAGAAACCUCAAGUUGUGUUACACAGAACAGACGUCUGUGAAAAAUAUCGUCCACCUGAGCAGCAGGAGGGGUCCUCCAGUGUGGAGCAGAAGAGGUCACAGCACUUCCACGUGAAAGAAGAGGAGCCACAGCCCCCCCACUUUAAAGAUGAAGAAAAACAGCGGCUGUCCCCCCACUUCAUAGAGGAAGACAAGAGACACCUCAUCAGUGUGAAGAGUGAAGAUGAUGAGGUCAAAGGUGAGAGUGAGGAGCCUCCAAGCAGCAGCUCAACUCAACACAUGACAACAGAAGCUGAUGGAGACCACUGUGGAGGAUCACAAGCAGACAAGCUCUUAGCUCCACUAUCAGAUAGUGAGGACACAACGUCACACUCUCCUGACACUGAUGAUGAAGACUCUAAAGAUGAUAAGACAUGUCACACUGACAACACACACUUCACAUGUUCUCUCUGUGACAAAACCUUUAAACACAAUUGUCAUCUAAAAAUACACAUGAGAACACACACUGGAGAAAAACUUUUUUCAUGUUCAAUCUGCGGUAAAGAUUUUAAUCAAAGGGGCCAUUUGAAAAGACACAUGAGAAUACACACUGGAGAAAAACCUUUUUCCUGCUUAGAAUGUGGUAAAAGUUUUGCACGAAGUCACAAGUUAAAAGCACACAUGAGAAUACACACUGGAGAAAAACCUUUUUCGUGUUCAGUCUGCAAUAAAUAUUUUACUCUCAGGCCCAAUUUAAAAAGACACAUGAGAAUACACACUGGAGAAAAACCUUUUCCCUGCUUAGAAUGUGGUAAAAAUUUUGCACUAAGUCACAAUUUAAAAGAACACAUGAGAAUACACACUGGAGAAAAACCUUUUUCGUGUUCAGUCUGCAAUAAAUAUUUUACUCUCAGGCCCAAUUUAAAAAGACACAUGAGAAUACACACUGGAGAAAAACCUUUUCCCUGCUUAGAAUGUGGUAAAAAUUUUGCACUAAGUCACAAUUUAAAAGAACACAUGAGAAUACACACUGGAGAAAAACCUUUUUCGUGUUCAGUCUGCAAUAAAUAUUUUACUCUCAGGCCCAAUUUAAAAGCACACAUGAGAAUACACACUGGAGACAAACCUUUUUCCUGCUCAGAAUGUGGUAAAAGUUUUGUAAAAAAUGUAAGUUUAAAAAUACACAUGAGAACACACACUGGUGAAAAACCAUACUCCUGUUCAAGCUGCAACAAAAGCUUUCGUCGCCGAGACACUUUUAGAAUACACAUGAGAACACACACAGGAGAGAAAGUGUUGAGUUGCAGUGUGUGUGGUGAAAGAUUCUCCUAUAAGUACCAGUGUAAGAAACACAAGUGUGCUGGUGAGAACAGCAGCAGCAAAUGAAGAUGCAGGAUUUGAAAUAAACUUUCUAACACCAUCAGCACAUAUAACAUGUGUGACAUCAUUGUUGUGUGUGUAACACAAUCUUGUUAUUAUGCUUAUAACAUAUAUAGAGUAAAUACUUCAGAUUAGUGCUUUUAUUUCAGUCAAGUGCAUGAGUUAAUAUACACAUUUGUGUACUUUAAAAUGAACAGAACAAUUUGACUGAAAAGGUGAGAAUAAACAGUACAUAA